UUCGGGGCCUUCCCCUGCCCGAAAUAAUUGAGUAAAGAUGGCGGCAAUGUGUGGGACGUAGAGGCGUAUUUACUACCUUCUCCUGAACUUUGCACCGUUUUUACGACUUCAGGCGCCUUAUUAAUUGUAUUGUUGUUCACGGAAGUUACUUCUGCAUCAGGAGGAAGAGUCACCGCAAGCUCGGCCGUGAUCUUGGCUGAUCACUGGCUCUAGGACGGGGCGAGUGCGAGACCAGGCUACGUUCGUUUGUAGUAAUCGGGAGAGGUAAGCCCGCACGGUUUGGGUAAAAAAUGGGAUGAUUCCGUGCCUCCAAGGGUCGGAAUGAUGGACGAGAAAGUUUUAGAGGACCUCUUGGAGUGCUCUGUAUGUCUGGGGAGGCUCACCACCAACAGUAAAGUGCUCCCGUGCCAGCACACGUUCUGUAGACGAUGUCUAGAACAGAUAGUCCGGUCCAAGAACGAGCUGAGGUGCCCGGAGUGUCGCAUCCUAGUAACUUGUAGUGUUGACGAGUUGCCGUCAAACAUACUACUGGUCAGACUUCUCGAUGGGAUCAAGGAGAGAAGAAGAACUGCGACAGCUUCGCAAGGAGGCUCGCCGAAGAGUUCUCACAGUGGACAGGGAGGGAAGGGGGCUUCGGGCGAUGCCGGGGCGGCGUCCCAAGCACAGAAGACCCCGGCAGCAAGUCGCAGUUCCCCCGUCAAGACCAACACACCACAUCCAUGUGCAAAAGCAUUGUACAGUUACGAAGCAGAGGAACCAGGUGAUUUGUCUUUCAACAAAGGAGAUAUAAUAGCGUUACGACAGCGGAUUGACGAGAACUGGUACCAGGGCGAGCUGAACGGUCAGAUUGGGUUCUUCCCGGUCAGCUAUGUGGACGUCAUACACCCACUUCCUCCUGACCAGCCCACCGGCAAGGCCAAGUACAAGUUCGACGUCACGGACAACGAAGAAGACAAGGACUGUCUAACCUUUGAGAAGGAUGAAAUUGUGACAGUGAUACGACGGGUCGAUGAGAACUGGGCAGAAGGGAUGAUAGGAGACAAGAUAGGCAUCUUUCCUAUUUCCUUUGUGGAAAUGAAUGAAGCAGCAAAGAGUCUUAUAGACAGGAAAUCCAAAUCUAGAAAUGAAUCAACUGAUGCAGAACCCAAUAUUCAAGCCCCAGCUAGAACAGAUAGCCAGUCCCCGGAGGAUUUGCCAUCAUCCAGUGCGGCCUCCGGUACCCAGGCGAACUCCUCUUCCAACCACGACACCAAGAGCAAGAAGGACAAAGCCAAGAGACAUUCGUUCACACUCCUCACCACCUCCAACAAAGCUUCUCAUCCACAGAGUAACCACAGGCAUUCCAUGGAAAUCAGUGCCCCUGUGCUGAUCAGUUCCAGUAACCCCACAGCUGCUGCCAGGAUAGACUCCAACACUCUGUCCUCCAGUGCACCAUCCUCAUCCUCACCUCCUACUGUACAGGGUGCAGAAGCAGCUGCAGCAGCGGCCGCCACUUCUCAACCUGAACCUGCCCCCUCACCAGGCACUGCAACUAAUUUGCAGGCGAAUGGCCCAACCAGAAAAAGCACAGCAGAGCCAUCAUCACCCACAAUAGUACCUAACCAGGGGCCAUCCAAUGUGUGUGUGGCCAGGCACUUGCACAAACCUCAGCAUAUCAGGUACGUAGCCAAGUACUCAUACAAGCCCCAGAAGAGUGACGAGCUGGAGCUGAAGAAGGCUGACAUCUACCUGGUGUGUGAGAAGAUGCAGGACGGCUGGUUCAAGGGCACCUCGCUGCGCACCGGGCAGAUGGGCAUGUUCCCCGGCAACUACGUACAGCCGCUCACCAGAGCUGUGACCAGCACCACGCCCACACGCUCCACAUCGUCGGCGCCAGCCCGCCCCGCCUCCUCAGCACCCCCCACCCGGCCCACCUCCUCAACCCCCUCCGCCAGGACUACCCCCUCCUCCUCAGGCAGACCGGCAUCUUCCAACGCUUCCAAGUCAGGAGGGGGACCCCCUCCGCAGAUAGUGGUGACGGCCAGCACUGCUGCACCACAGCAGGUUCUGGUGGUGAAGACGUCUACUGGAACAUCUCGAGUCCCCGUCCCCGUGUCUCCCCCCGCCCAGCUGCAGUCGGCCCACCCCCACCGCUCCUCGGUCCCGGUGAGCCGCGUCCCCCAGCCCUCCCCAGCAGUGCAAUCCUCCCGGCCUGCCAGCAGUACGUGUGUAAUCCAUGGCAAGACUACAGUCGCCCAGGCCCGCGCCCUGGCCCAGCCCCAGAACAGGACUGUGGCGCACAUGCGCGGCAUGAACGGAGCCCACCACCCACAGGUGGUGACGGUUCCCAACGCGCAGGUGCCGCCCCAGCAGCAGCCGCCGCGGCACCACGUGAGCGUGCGGCCCAUGGUCCCGGGGCAGGUCCUCAUGAGGCCGGUGGCGACUGUACCGCCUCAGCCGCAAACGAGAACUGUUCCCGUGCAGGCCGUGCAGCCCCAGGCGAUGAGACACGGCGCGAGAGUCCUGGUGCAGCCCUCCCCCAACCCCCGACAGGCACAUUCCCAACACGGCGGGGCCAUGCAGAAUCCCCCCGCCUCCCACGCACCCACAUCCGCAGCGGUGACCGUCACUCCGCCCAACAUGACGGCCAUGCCCGACGUGGUGGCCAACGCUGGUCGCAGUUCCCCGGAGGGUGCAACAGGGGGCGCUGCUGCUCCACCUAGACCAGAGCGUAAGGAUAAGAAGGAAGAAGACAGGAGAAAAGGAGGCUUCAUCCGGAGACUGUCCGGUGCCACGGCUAAGAAGAAGACCUCCAAGUCUGGCUCCCCUCCCCCCGACUGCACCCCUCCCCCCUCCCCUGGUGCUACUGCGGCUGUGCCUCAGGACGCACAGCAGUUACUCGGUGCUCAGGGCGGGGACCCGGCACAGGUAGCACAUGGCAGGUCUGGUUCCCUGCCAGUGGACACAGACGGCCAGCACAGCCCUGAGAUCCACCACCACAAGUCCGCUUCCCUGGACUCAGGAGUGGUCCCCUCCCCUCUGGCAGCCUCCAAUAACAACAACGGGGCCACCAGUGGCAGUGGGGCUGCUGCAGCAGCUGCAGUACCAACAACUCCCAACAGGAGGCCACAGACUGCACCCCUGGUCAGGGAGAGGUUCCGUGCCGUAGUUCCGUACCCACCCCAGGGAGACGCUGAGCUAGAGCUGAAAGUGGGGGACAUCGUGUACGUGCAUAAAAAGCGCGAGGACGGCUGGUUCAAGGGCACCCUCCAGCGAACGGGCAAGACUGGUUUGUUCCCGGGAAGCUUUGUGGAGAGCUUCUAGAAGUUAAAGUGUAACAAUUACUAGAUGCUCUUAUAUGCAUUCUCCAAUGGAGAGCCUCACCCAAUGGCCUAUACAAUAUACCUUGGGAGACUCUGCUAAACUGGACCAAGAUUUCCACAUUUGGGGGCUUGGCCUCUAACCAGCUGUCAGCCAAUCAGCUUUACCUAAAGAAAACAUUUAGGUGAUUCUCUGAUUGGCUGACAGCUGGAUGGAGCCCACACCCACAAAAGUAGAAAGUCAAAUUUAGAAGAGCCACCCCAAAAUUUUGUGUAGGCCACGGACGGGGCUCUGGGAGAAUCUUUUAGGGAUGAUGUUUAGCUACAAUCCACAAACAUGUAGCUUCUUUCCCUUUCCAAUAUGUGCAGGGGGCACCUCACAUGCAAUUCCUGGCUGCUUCCCCAAAAAAUUGUGACUUUAAAACCAUGUUAGUGUCACAGUGCUUUUAACAUAAUUCAUGUACAGGUCUAUCAAUCAUCUAUCUCAAGAAAGUUACACACACUCUUUGGGACUUGUAACAAGUGCAAACUGUGUCCAAUCUUGAUUAUGCAAACAAAUAUCAAUGUGAGUAAAUGAUAAAGGAUACAGCAAUCUGUUGGUUAGUAGUGAUGUUGUGUAGUGACAAACCUGAUGUACAAUAUCGUGAUGAGGUUUUGAUGGUGCUAGAGCUAUCACCCAUUUUGUGAGAGCGUGAGAUGUCUAACAUAAGGGAGUAUCACAUUGGACUGUGACAAGUUGUGUUAGGAAAUUGUGCCAACUUUGCAAAUUUGCACCAAUUUUUCCUUGACUUGUUUGCAUUUUACCUUGAAUGCAACAUCUAAAAUACCUAGAGAGACAAUUGAAUCCAUACUUUACCAUGUGUUACCCAGCACCAAGAGACCAUGUCUAGCAAUAUGAUAGAUGUUAAACAAGGACAACUGCAACAUCUUGAAAACGUCUUAUUUGUACAGAAUGUAGUCUGGUGUCACAUAUUGUGCCACCCAUUAAUGGCAUUUUGCAAAAAAAAUUUUGACUUGUCAAAAGAUAAUGAAAUUGGAGGCAACAAAUUAUGUAGGUUUUGCCACUUUUUCAAAUUCCUGGCACAAUUUGGUGCAGUCUAAUGUAGAUACCUGC